UAAUGACUUUGGUCAUGGUUCUCUAAUUAAUUCAUAUAAUUGCACGCAGUCGACGGUAUCAGAUUAAAAUUAGUGUAAAUGACGUCAUAAUUGUUAAGGUCGCAGACAAUAAGUAAACAAAGCAUCGAUAUAAUAAAAGCAACUUCAUUUCUAUCCGUCACUUAUAUAACCUGAUGAAACUCUAUUUCAUUUCAGGUUAAAAUCGUUCGACUUUUAUUACACUCUGAAUGUAUAAUGCACAUUUUCUGUCACUCACAUUAUGUAAUGACUUUGAUGACAUACUUGAUAUUUAAAAUAGUAAUAGGUACACAGGUAUUUAUGUGCAAAGUUGAAAAUUCAGAUAACUGCAAAUUACACAAAAUACCUAGGUCAAAACUAAAAUUAGUGUAAACAUUCGUUUUCCAUUGUUUUAGUACCGGGUAACUAUGCGAUUGAAUGAUAUUGAACCGACUGGCACCAAACGCGACCACAAGCUAGAUAAUCACUUAAGCUACCUUAACGCAACAUUUCAUCAAAAUAUCUUAACUGAAGUCAUUUACAACUCUUCAUCUUUUUUUCAGUCACUUACAUAUGUACCAUGAUCACCCCUAAGAUAUGUUUGAAGUUUCAGCCUAAUAUAUGUAGAUAUGUACAUUAGCGCAUCUUGUGUGUAAACCUUAACCUAAGUUUCAUCAUGCACGCAAAACGUCACCGGACUUCAAGUACACAAGUGGACGUUAUCGUGCUAAAAUAUAAGGGAAAGAAAGUUUGAGCAAUCUAAUUGAAACAUAAUUCCUCAAUCCACAUUUGAAAGUUUUGAACAAUUGAAUAUCAAAGCCUUAUUCAAGUUGAUCAUAAACGUAUUGAACAUGUACAAUCCCGACAAAUGUAUUAUAUCAAUUGUUUAAGACAACACCUUUUAAGCGGAGAUUUGCAAAUGUCAUAAUACUUUAUUGAUAAUAAUUUAAUGUUUGUCUCUUAUUUUCAUGUUUCCAUAUCGCCAAAUAUCAAUAAAUCAUUUAUCGAGAUUUUAUCUUUCCAUUUUAACGUAUUAACGUAUUAAAUCUUCUAGUCAUCUGUCGCAAAACAUACCACGUGACAAACCAAUAUUUUCCGCGUAUUCUCGCGCAAGCGUACUAAAAAGCCGUAUUGUAGGCAUGUAUAUUUAUCGUUCACAUUGUAAUUCAAUUGAUAAUAACUUAUCCUAGGUCAGUAUUUAGAUCACCAUGACACACCUUUACUUUCGGAAGUUCGCGGUGAAACUAAAACAAAAUAGGACUUAUACUUUUCAUAUAGAUAUAAAGUCCGAUUUCGUAGAAAAAAAAAUAAAACGUGAUAAAUUAUGAAUAAAAUAUGUUACAUUUGCUUCCACAAAAUGUAUGUAUCUCUUGUCUUUCUUCUGACGCAAUUAUAUCGCAUGUGUUAUACAUGUAUUGUUCGAACAUUUCUCUCAAGAAGAAACUUAUAUGCUUCGUUUGACCAUUUAAAAACCUGAAAAUUAUAAAGCGUUGCAACGCGAAACGAUUGAAUUAUUUGUAGAGUUCUGUUAUAUAAAGUAUUAAAUACAUCACUAAAUGUACGAGCACUGAUGGCCAAGUGGUCUAAACGUUAGACCUUUACUCCAGGGGUCAGUAGUUCGAGCCCAGUUGAGGGUUAUAUUUUUCUUUAACUUUUAUUAUUGGUUUUUACUGGAGCUUUUUAGAUCCAAUUUAUUCAUUUAUCGAUAUAAAACAUUUAAUGACAAACUUCAAUAUCUUCCAAAAUCUGUGAAAAGGUCCAUUUAGGGCCCUGUUGUGUGUUAUAGUCAGUUUAACGAAUGUAUAUAUUUCGUACACGUAUUAGCCUUAAAUUAUUGACUAAAAGAUAGCAAGAUAAUUUUACAACUGUUAUAAUAAUGUGAAAUUAUUCUUCAAAUAAUUAUAGUAAAAAAAGAAAAUUUAAUAAGGGCUCUCAUUUUGGCCAAAUAACAAGUGUAAGAGCACCUGCAUAGACAUGCGUAGCCCUUCAUGAACAGUUUUUGUAUUUGUGUAUCGCGCAGGUGGAUGCUUUAUUUCGAUGACUUCAUAUUUAACUUUGAAAUUGAAGUAUUCCUGUCAGAGUUUAUGAUGCAGUCAUCGAUGUUGGUGACGGUACAAAGGCCCUUUUAUGAUAUAUCGAUAGAAAAAGUAUACUUUUGAUUAUGAAAAUCUCCGUCAGGUGGGUUGAUAUUGUCAAGGCCACUCGGUCACUCCUCUCAUCAGAAGCGACGGGUUUCAAUUCAUAAUGUUUUUCUAACACAGCUGUUUCAAGCACUGCUUCAUGUAAAAACCAGGCUCUGCAUGGUCUUUUUUACUUGACUUUGUAUGUAAUUGGUCUAUUUUGUAUAAUACAUGUACAAUUACAUAGAUUGUUUCCAUUAUAUUUAUGUUUUGAAUGUCAUUACAAUACAUAUAACUCAGGUGAGUUAUCACCUAUUUAACAGUCUGAUAAAAAUAUUUGAACAGUAAAGAUGUGAAAGAUAUCAAGCUAUACAAAUAAACCACAACCUAUUUGUAUUGAUAUUGUAUUUAAUUUCCUUGAUGUUGUGUAGCCGUAAUAAACUAGCGUCUGAUUGUUUGAUACCGGCUAAAGAGGAAUGUUGACUGUGAAUGGAGGAUGUCCGAAGUUGCAAGUGCCACACAAUACUUCAACGGGCAUUGUUUGUUGUCAGCCUGUCCUAGUUUGUCCUCGUGGUUCACAGAUUAAGUUCUGCACAUCAAACGCAGGAGACGAUACAUGUGAGAAAUGUCCUCAAGGAUGGCAUGGAAAUUUCAUAACCUCGUCCUUGGAUGCGAACCCUGAACAGUGCUUUCAGUAUUCCAAGAAGCACGAGACGUGUGCUCUAGAUGAUAAUGCCUGGAUAGAGGUCUCGAAGGCCAAGCAUGGAAUGCCGUGCAGAUGUGACGAGUCAAGAUGUUACCACGGGUCUCCCUCUGAGUACGGAUGUAUUUAUAAGGAAUGUGGUAGUGAUGCACAGCUCGAUCCAUACACUGGAGAAUGCGAGCCAUGUGGACCAUUGAGAUUUAAAAACGAUAUAUGCGGAUCUUGCUUAGUGAAUGAAACCGCAUGGAGAUUGUCUGCUGAAAAGCAAUAUAGCCCUGGAAACGACAAGAUCCAAUCACAUACGUCAGCAGUUAAAGGACAGACCGAUUCAAACGACGUUGCAGUUACAACACAUGAGCCCCCGAAAUCAGAACCAUAUCCCGUUGAUGGUGAGGCUGUAAGACCUUUACAAGCGACAUGUGCUCUUGCAGAAGAUAAUGAUCAAUAUAGAAAAGUAAUAAUCAUCGCUUUGGUACUUUGUGCAACAGGGAAUUUAUUGGUUAUAAUCUUGUAUAUCAGAAGAAAUUUCAAGAAGAAACACGUUCUAUCUACAGAACAUUUCUACAUAAAUACGGAAUAUAAAGACGAUUUGCCCAUUAAGUCACGAUGCACAUGCAAGGUCAAGAACACCACUAUCAGUUGUCUUUUGAGCGCCAGUUGUGUAUGUAACAACCAAACAGCGUCUUGUGUCUAAGGCAUAAUAAAGAGAGAUGCCGUAUACAAUACACUGCCUACAAGACAACAUAACACAUAAACGUUAUCAGGCUGGAUAAACCAUGUAUGAAAUGCAUUGAUGUUUGAAACCGAUUAACUGACGAACCGGUUUACCUAUGUAACGAAAAAGAUGUAAAUAAACACACGUGUAAAACAUGCAAAGACCACAGGAAACACAAAGCGGAGUGAUUUCUCCUCAGCAAACACUUCAUAUCGGCCCGAUACUAUGGCGAAUAGAUUUGCAUAUCGGCCCGUAUCGGAAAUUCACAUCAACCGGAGAUUUGACUUGCAACACAAUGCAUUGUCGGCCCGACAUCGACAUUUUGCCAUCAUUCAACCGUAAUUAUUGAGAUUAAAUCUCCUUUAUACUGCCUCGAUGGAACAUUUUUUCACUGUCAAUAAAUUGAAGAUUUUUAAACAGCCGUUUAUACAAUACUUAGAGAAUGUGAAAACAAAAGGCUAUACCAUUUACGCUAAUUUAUUUUCACAUACCGAACACAAUCAUUCUGGCGGCGUUAUCGUGCUUUCAGCGGCAUACGCGUGGUACAAAAAUGUACUAUGUUCAUACAGCCAACUUCAGGCUGAUAUUGGCAUGUUUGCUGGGUGGUUAUUUGCAUCAAGUGCAAUUAGUACAAAACAACGGGUAUACUAUACAACACAUGAUACACGAUUUAUAAGACGAGUAUCACUUUAUCUUCAAAUGUCCGUUUUAUUUAGAAGAAAGAUCCAAAUACAUUCCAACACACUUCUCUAUAAGAUACGAAUGCACACAUUUUUGAAACUUUUGAAUAGUAAUAAUAAAGGGACGAUUAGAAAGUUAGCAAUUAACUUUAUAACAUGAUUCAAGAAAUGAGAUACUUGUAUUUUUCUUUAACUAGACAUUUCUAUUAUUGUAAUUUGUGUACAGUUUGUUAUGAAAUGAAUGUACUUUGUGUGAUUGCCUGCUGUCACUGAUUUCCGUAAAAUCAUGGCGGUUGUAUAAUCAGUUCAUGGUGUAUAUAAACACUCAACACUCUCACGCAUACUGUAUGACUAUCUUAAUUACUUAUUAUUUCAGGAAUGUAUGAAUGUCUAUUAUGACUUUGCUAUCACGAUGAACUAUGGCUUCAGGGAAUAAAAAUAUUUGUUCAUGUUCUUGUUUAAGCAUGUUAAAUAAAAAUAAAAUGUGAUAUUUAUAAUAUUUGAACACGUCACUUAACGUUGUUGAAUUGUGUAUAUUUAUAUGUAAAUAUUCGCAGCUGUUAAACUAUAUAUCGAUUAAAAAAUCUUUCUUGAGUUUACCAAAUGUAAUAAUCAUUUCCGUCUGUUUUUCAAACAUAUGUCCUCAAUGUGUUGAUGGCCAUUUUGGACGCGUGUUGGAUUUAUGUGUAACAUAAUUAUCUUACAUUUUGUCUGAUGAUAUAAAUGUGAUAUUAAUGUGUUCUUUGCUCUCUGAAACCUGUGUAUAUACACCAAAAUUAUCAAAUUUGAGUGGAUAUUUACAUAGUUAAAUUUUAUCAUCAUAAACUUGUUUUGGCGGCCAUCUUGGCGGCCAUUUUGGAUGCUGUGUUGGAUUUGUGUGCAAUAUAAUAAACUUAAACAAUGUC